GAGGAAUCAUCACCAAUGGCUAUUAGCCUUCAACAAAUUAUUGUUGCAUUGAAUAUGGUCAGCAAGGGCUUCAAUGAGCGUCUUGUGAUGGUAAAUAGGCCAGCUAUUGGGAUCAUGUUUAAGAAAACCCUUGAUGUAGUUUUGCAAGUCCUUGUUUCAUUUCCUAGCGUGAGACCUCUGCGAUCUAAGGUCAUAUCGUUUCUGCAUCGUAUGAUCGAGAUAUUAGGUCUCUCAGUGCUUCCCUGUAUUCCAAUUGCACUAAGACUAUUGCUUCUUGACAACGAGGUGUUUCAAUUAUAUUUUAAUGACAAACCUCUGUUUUCUUAAU